GAAGUAUAGCCUACACGAGAUAGUUGCACAGGUUGAGCUGCGGUGUUGUCACUUUGCGCACUGGCAGAAAUGUGCGAGCGGAUCGCGUAGUCUCCGCAGCUGGUGUCCUCUCCCGACCCGCAGGAUGAAGGAUACCCUGCGAUUCAUUGCGAUCUGUUGAACUGCACGGCUCACUCGGCUCGGCUCUCCGCUUCCCUCCGCUUGAAAACAAGCUGUGAGGCAACAAAAAGUCAUGAUCAUCAUCACAAAAGAGAGCUCAUGCAGGGUGCCCGACAAGAGGCCCGCUCAGAGUUUUGGAUCAUCUCUCUGGGUGAACUGAAUGCGCUCAGAGAGAAAAGCCGGCGCCGUGCAGAGUUGCGGGGAACGACGGGAAAGAAGAAAAGCAGAGCCGUGUGUGUGUUUUCAUAAGCGGAGCUCGGCCGUGGGAGCAGAGUGGGGGAUGUCGGGCAGGAGUGGAGGAGCGCCUCGGGGGUGCAGCAACCCCAGCCUGCAGCCCCUCAAAGCCACAGUCCCAUACCAGCUCCAGAGGAGCUCAGCGCUCCUCUGCAGAGAGGUCAAGACGGGUGACAGGACCACGGCUCGUCCUCCAAAACCCACCAUCCGCAGAACUCUUUCUUUGGAUGCCAUCGUUGGACCCUAUCUGCAGGGACAGUGGCCCAAAGAGGCAGAGAGUACGGCUGUUACCUGUGUCAAUGACAAAGCCACACAGACUCCAAGCUCCUGGGCAGAGGAGACCCAGGGAAGGAGAAGUGUUGGCGGACACAAGCGCUCAGCGUCGUGGGGCAGUGCAGAGCACCUGAGGGAGGUGGCCAAGCUGAGGCACCAGUUGCAGAAGCGCUCCCGCCAUGCCCCUCCCUCAGCAGGGUGCGAGCUCCCCCACCAUCCUUUGCCAGCAGGUCAUGCGACAGGCCUCAAUCGGACAAUACCCCUGAUGCCGCUGAACAGACUCGCACCCCGACUGCGACGUAGUGUUGAAGGCCUCAACCUGGAGCUGGAAGAGGUGUUUGUGUCUGAGAAACCCGACGAUCAGCAUGAGAUUUUGGACAUCCCGGAUGGCCACAGGGCUCCUGUCCCUGCCCAGAGAUGCAGUAGUGGCUCUCAGAGUGAACCCUCCCCGGGGCCCCUGGAUCCUUCCCUCCUCUCUCCUUCUCAGUCCCCCUGUCCUCUAGAUCCAUCCCUUCUGUCACCUUCAAAUUCCCCUUGUGCCUUGAUCCCAUUGCUUUUGUCUUCAUCACAGUCUCCCUGUCCUAUGGGAGAGCCAGACCCGGUGGACUGUGAGACCCUGUGUCCUUCUCCAUCUUCGUCGCUUCCUUCAUUUGCACUGGAUCCUCCCCUGCUGCAGCCCUGCUCCCCUUCGCCUCGUCCCAACAAAACCUACUCCUUCCAGCGUGAACCGCCAGAAGGCUGUGAGCGGGUUAGAGUAUGCGAGGAGGCAAUGCCUGCUUGUCAGGAUGAGCCUCUCCUGCAACCAUCCUGCCCGGACCCCAAUAAAGUCAACUUUACCCCUCAUGGCGGCUCUGCUUUCUGCCCUGUCAGUCUUCUGAAGCCCCUCCUGCCCUCCAUGGACCUCCUCUUCCGCGGCCUGUCAGUGUCUCCUGUCACUGGCUGCCCAGGUCAAACCUCUCCUACCAGGCACCUGGGCAUGCAGUAGGUGGAUAUCUGAGCGGAGCCCCUCAGGACUAAACCCUAAGUGCACCGCCAGGACCUGGAGAAAGUGGAUGUGUUUUACGUGCAGGGUGCCAACAGACACCUGCGCUCACCUGGCUCAUCACUGCUGUAACGUGCCAUGAUCACUGUGAUCAAAAUAAGAGACUUUUGACUGUAAGCAUUUGUUGUCAUCAUACCUUAGACUAACCUAAAAAUCUGGCUGCUCUACUGAUUAUUUCCAACUACAGGAUGUUUGGAUUGAGCUGAUAUUUACUUUAUCAGCACUUGAAAUGGCCUAAUGUUCCCCUAUAUGGGCUAUGGAUUAGACUACAGGACUUAAGCUCUGGAAAUGUUGGCAAAUCCUGGAAAAGUUUUACGGAUGACUGAAUUUUUGACAGUAUUCUUUUUUGAUUUUUAGUUACGCGUCAACGGCUCAGACGAAGACUGGAGUCUGUUAGGGAUGAUUUUAAUGUCACGAUAAGUGAAUUCAGAGUCAAAAACCCAAGCACUUAGAUCACAUGUUGACAUGAGUAUUACUUUCUCACUAUCCUUUACUAUUGAUUCAUACCCUAGUGGUUACGUUUAGAUGAAGUUUCAGAGUAAUUUCAAAGACUUCAUUGUCUACAAAAUAAAUACUCUAUGGGUUUGUUCCUGAAAUUUGAUAAGAUCUUUUGGUUGAAGACAAAUAUUUUUUUGGCCUAUAGUUUACGCUGGCCUACUUUUUCUACCAAUUUAUUUCUAGCAAGAUAUAAGCAAGAUAUAUAUUUUUGUAUCUUUGUGAGGAAGUUAUCAGGCUGGUGAUACUGUUUUUGUAUUCACUAAAGAAAUCCAUUUGGUUUAUGAGCAGGAAUGGGUGUUUAUAGCUUUAUUUGCCUACAGUGGGCAUUGUUCUAACCAAACUGUUACAAUUUUGUCAGACUAUUAAGAUUUUGAGUGGGUCACACUGAGUUUUUGUUCAGUCUGAGCCUCAUUAGACCCAAUGGCUCUGGUCACAAAAUACUAAUGUGUAAAGAUUCACUUGGAUGUGGAAGAAGAUGAUUCCCUCUGUUUGAGUUAUUGUUCAAAUGGAUUAAACACUCUCUUUGUCUGCAUGAUCCUGUGCAACACUGAUUAAAAAAAAAAACAAAAAAAACAAAAAAACAUGACCUACGGUAAAACUAUCAUAAAAUAAGCAGAUGCUAAUGAACAAUUAGUAUUAUUUUGUCAGGUCUGUGUUUUCUCAGACCUCAUUAUGUGCCCUUUUCUUAGUUUUUAAGGUUGAUAAUACUUAAGAAUGUUUAGUGUGCUGUUUCUAUUGUGAAAAAAAUAAAAUAACCAAUUUUU